AUGCAGCGAGCACAGUCCGCCGUGGAUUUUUCCAACCUUUUGAACCACGACUCUACGCCGUCGUCAACUGCUACGAGCAGUAGCAUCAGCAGUAUGAACCACCAGCUUCAGAACGAGGCGGCCGACGUCGAGAUGGGCUCUGCCGAGUCCACCUCGGGCGCCUCGUCUUCGACCAGCAUUCGCCCCAACGGCCCCGUCCCCAACGGCCAGGGUGCGGACGCAACACCAGAGAUGCCGCGUCCGUACAAGUGCCCGCUCUGUGACAAGGCCUUCCACCGCCUGGAGCACCAGACGCGCCACAUCCGCACUCACACGGGCGAGAAGCCCCACGCCUGCCAGUUCCCUGGCUGCAGCAAGCGCUUUUCCCGGUCCGACGAGCUCACGCGCCACUCGCGGAUACACAACAACCCCAACUCGCGCCGCCACAACAAGGCCUCGCACAUGCCGCAUGCGUCCUACAACCCCACCGCCGAGAGUCUGAUGCCGCCGCCUGCUGGUGCCAAGGCCAUCCGCUCUGCGCCGCCCUCGGCCCUGGGCUCGCCCAACCACAGCCCUCCGCACACGUACUCCUCGUACAGCCUGGCCAAUGGCUUCAAGCCCUCGUUCGGCGGCAGCAGCUCGAGUAACGGCCGUCUCGGCGGCGCAUUUGGCAACACGAGUCCUCAGCAGUCCCACCAGGGCAUGGACAUUGCCAUGCUGGCCAAGGCUGCGCAUCAGGUCGAGCGGGAGACCGUCAUGGCACCUCCUUCGCACUACUCUUCGCCCUCGUCCUCGCGGCACCACAGCCACAGCAAUAGCCACCACCUGCAUCACCACUCGAGCCACCACUCGAGCCACCACGGCAGCAGCAGUCUCCACACGAGCCCGCCUUCGUCGUACUACAACAGCUACCACCACUCGUCGCAGCAGCGCCUGCCCUCGCUGUCCGCGUACCACAUGUCGCGGAGCCACUCGCACGAGGACGGCCACCAGGCUCCGCACGGAGCCAGCAACGGCAACGGCAAUAGUGACGAGCACUUCCAUGCCUACCGUCAUGCCAAGCGCUCGCGGCCCAACUCCCCCAACUCGACCGCCCCGUCGUCGCCGACGUUCUCGCACGACUCACUGUCGCCGACCCCCGACCACACGCCGCUUGCAACCCCCGCCCACUCGCCUCGCCUGCGUCCGUUCUCGAGCACGUAUGAGCUGCCGCCUUUCCGCCAACUGUCUCUGCACUCGCACACGACGCCUGCUCUGGCGCCGCUGGAGCCGCAGCCCGAUUCGUCGAAAUACACGGCGCCCACGCCUGCCAAUGCAACGGCCAAGCCAAGCGGUGGUAUCUCUCUGAGCGACAUUCUGAGCCGCACCGACGGCUCGCAGAGAAAACUGCCGGUCCCGCAGGUUAUGACCAAGGGCGUGCCGGACCUGCUGAUGCCGAGCGACGGUUUCAACCUCAGCGGUCGCAGCUCCUCUUCGAACAGCAUCUCGGGAAGCGACCUGAUGGAGCGGAUGUAA